AUGGCGUCUGUUCGAAUGCCCUCCAUCAUCGAAGAUAAGCUCCGGCCGCACGCCAAAGAAACGCUGCAACUAGUUAAGAGAUUCGUGGAAGAAGAGUGUAUCCCUGUAAACACAGUCUUCGAGGCACAACUCUCUACCUAUCCGGACCAACGGUGGAAGUCAGUGCCUCCAAUCUUGGAAGAUCUCAAGCAACGGGCGCGCCAGCUGGGGCUGUGGAACCCGUGGAUGCACUCACAUCUUGAAGGACCAAGUUUCACAAAAGUCAAAUACACGUUCAUGUGUGAGACCAUGAGUCGCAGUUUGGUCGCCCCGGAGGCCAUGAAUUGCAGUGCUCCUAACACUGGAAAUAUGGAAAUUAAUCGUUUUGCGAGGUCCAACCCGGAUGAUCCGAAUCCACUUAAAAGACACAGCAUCAUCCUUGUCGACGCACACACCAAAGAUAUCGACAUCAUACGUCCUCUGCAAGUCUCCGGCUUUGGCGGUGGGUCGCCUGCAACAAGUGAAAUCAGCAGAGGUCUGACUGCAUAUUUGAUUGCUUGGGCGAACACAGGAAAGAUCAAUGGAGCGCCGCUGGCUGACAAAGGAUUGGUUGCUACCUGGAUACCUCAGUCACGCAUUGACAUUGAUGCUGCUCUGCUGCUGACACUCAAUGCAGCUGACAAAAAUGGAUCGCAACAACGCCAAAAGGCCAAAUCUGAGAUUGCCACGGCCAAAAUCCAGGUUCCAAACCUGGCUUGGGUAGUCAUGAACCGGGCCAUCCAAGCACACGAUGUAGCAGGUCUCUGCCAGGACUUCCCCUUUGCUAGGAUCUGGCCAUAUCUCCGGAUGAUUCGCUUUGCACAUGGGCCAGACGAGGCGCCCGCCGCCCAGCUCGCAAGGACCGAGAACAAGCGUCACCGCAGCGUGUCAGUGCUCAUCCUUUACCCUAUCAUCCUAUACCUCCCCAGUUACCACUGCGACCGAUUCCGGGUAGAAUCGACCUUACUGCAAACCAAGACGCCGCGGGUCGGUCAUUACGGGGAAAAUAUUGCACUGCUCUUAGAUCACGCUGGUAAACAACGGCAGAUAACUAGGAUCAACUACGACAGGAGGUUGCUGUUCUAA